AUGUUACCAUCUCAGUCACAAACUUUGUCAUCUACAUUGCUUCAAUCAUCUUCUAUCUUUUUCAACAACUCACUUUAUGCUUCAUCAAAUGCAAUGUCUGAUUCUCAUCAUUCAUCUAUGUUAUCUCCGAGUCCUUCGGAGUAUAACAGCCGUAUGAAUAUGAACGACUUGAGAAUGAGACAGUCAACUUUUCCUCAUCGACAACCUAUUGCGAAUCCUCAUGAACGUUUUUUAAAACGAACUAUGGAAAAUUGUCCAGCAAAUUUAACUGGACGUAAAAGAACAAACUGGUUGAAAGCAGGUCGAAAGGCUCAAAACAAUCAACAAUUAUUGUCUACUCUUGAUCCUUUUCAUUGGCCUACAUACAACUAUGAGUCACCUAUUUUCAUUCAUCGUCGAACAUCUGAAUCUCAUCUUUACGGUAUAAUCCACAAAAUUUCCAAUGUUCAUUUAUAUACCAUUGAUACUGAAGCAGACAGACCUACUCGACGAUAUCCUCAUUCUCUACCAGCAUUGAUUCAGAUACAGGCAAUACAUGACGAAAACUGUUCUACAGUUAUCAUCAUUGAAGUCCAACAUCUCCCACCUGCUUCUUCUUCUUUAUUUCAUUCAAUAAAACAAUUAUGCCGAAUGAUAUUUUCUUCAAAUAAUAAGCUGAUGGCUUGGGGAGAUGUUGAAAAAGAAUUACGUCCUUUUGAAGCUUUCAAUCUUUUUGAUCUAUCUCAAGUUACUAAUACAUUCGAUCUUCAAAAGUAUUUUACUAAAAUAUGGAAUCAAACGCAUUCACAUACAUCCGAUUGUUUAGCUCGUCAUCAACCAGUGAUUGAUGAAUGUAUUUCGGAAGAUGUUUUAGUCUGUUUAGUUAAUUCCGAUGAUAUUGAUGAUGAGUUCAAUCCAAAUGAUCCUACAGAGGAUUAUAAUACAUGUAUCUGUCCUACUGAAAUUCGUCCUUACAAAGCAAAAAAUGCAGUAUGGUCACUACAAAAAGCAGUUGAAUUCAUUUUCCAUCAAGCUUUAGAUAAAACAUUAACUUUCAAUAUCUGGUCCUGUGGACUAGACUUGAAUCUUGAUACGUGGCAAACACAUACUGAUAAACGUACUCGACAGUCAUUACUCGCUUACGCAAUGAAUGAUCUGUUCGCACCAACCAAUCUAUAUUUUCAUCUCAACAGAAUUACAUCAUCAUCUUCAAAUUCACCAACUUCUAUUAAUUUAAAUACCAUUCAACUUAAUAUAGUACUUGAUUUACCAUUAUUUUUGAUUUUGGCCGACAGUCACGCGAAAUAUUUUCCACCCGUUAUUACUACAUCGUCAUACAAACUCAUAACUAAAUCUAUUUCGGGUUUACAGUGGGUAAAUCAGUCAAACACUCAAUUGUGUACUACUUCCAUCAUUCUGUCUUCAUCUAUGUCUUCUCUUUUAUCUUCAUGUUCUGGUGUUUUCUUUCUCAUUGGAACUAAUUCUAUUCGUAAUAAUUCAGCAUCAGAAAUCGUAGUUCAAGUCGAUAAUCUUAUUGAUCUAAUUCGUUCUCAUCAUAUUCAUCUUAACCAUCUAACAGAUAUUUCUAUAAGUUCGGUUUUUCCUUGUCUAAAGCCAUCUUUCUUAUUUUCAUCGAUUUCUACAUUAUUAUCAAAUAUAAACAAUUAUAAUACUCUUCUCAAAGACUUAGCUACUCGUAAAAACUUUACUGUUGUUGAUCUUCCUAUAACCGCUGAUCAACUUAAUUAUGAUGGAAUGCAUAUCCACAUAAACCAUCUACCUUUUCUAUGGAACCACAUUCAACAACACUUUGACGUAUUAGUUCUUCAAAAAACGACAAAAAUCUCUCGUUCACAUCGUCGAUCACGUGCAGCAAUUACUCGCCGUAACAAACGACGACACGAGAAGCAGAAAAAAAGACAAGCAAGUUACACUGUUAUUCGACCAAUAGCACGUACAUGGCAAUUAAAAGAUAUAAAAACUUAUUUAAGAUACAAAAAUAUAAAAUAUAGUCGUCUUCCGGAAAUUCGUCGUCAUCAGUUAUCUAUACAAUUCAAUAAUCCAAUUCAUCAACAACAUGCCGAACAAAUGCUAACUUUUACAGAUUUUGAUGAACCGAAUUACUAUAAUUGGAUCUCACAUGAACAUUAG